AUGACCAACACAACUGAAAGAGGACCAAAGGAAGGGGGAAACAACCGACCCAACACGCGUUCCGUGACGUCAGCUGCCUUUCAGCCGACAACCCAACUCGCGCGUUCACCGACCGGUCUCCCCACCACCAACCCUAAUCUCGAAGAGAAUACAAGCAUUCUGGCGAUGGCAACAAAUCAAAACAAUACGAAUAUUUCGGAACAAAAACAAAACAUUCAAGUCGAUACACAAAGCCAACACAUGGACAUGUCAGAUACGAAUCCAAACACAAUGCGUAGACGCAAACGUCAAACGACAGUUCCCAAAACCAGUCUCCUCACACGACGUACGAGAGCGACAGGUUUGCGAACACCUGUCACGGCGGAACGAAUAGAUCGCACUCUCGCGGAAUAUCGCGCUGACCAAAUUCGAAACAAUGAUCGUUUCGAACAAUCGAUUCAACAAAUGUUGAAAACACAUUUGAAUUCGGCUUCUUCUCGACUCGAAAGUUUUCAAACUCAAAAUCGAAAAGAAUUAUACGAAUUUAAAGAAACCACCAUGGAAAUGAUAACAAGUCAUCAAGUCGAAAAUUCACAAGCCUUAAAAUCAACCCGUUUCGAAUUAAAUAAAGCUAUCGAAAAUCUCUCGCGACAAGUUUCAGAUAUUCACCUGAAACAAAAUCAAUCGCCUUGGCACGAUUCUCGAUGGGCAUUCGACACUACAGGGGAACACAUGCCCCAUUUGACAUGUCUUCCCCCCACCACCACAACCACGACAGUGACAACGACAACUACAGGUACUCUAACAUCGCUUGGCACGGGGACACAGCCGACAUAUAGCUUACCUUCCCUAAAAACCGCCACCCCGCUUUCUCGAGGACCACCCAUACAAUCACGUCAACUGCAGUUCCAAACCACCCCCACCUAUUUCGAUAACACCCUUCCAACUCCGGGACCCAGCGGAACCACGAACAUUCCAACGCCUAUCGCACCGCCACAGCCAGCACCGCGAACUGCCCUACCGAAUUUAUUAAAAAUUAUAAAAUCAUGGGACCUUAAAUACCCAGGUAAAUUGGACGCCACUGAUUUUAUAAACGAAUUCGAAAUUCGAAUGCUCGCGACAGCUGUAAAUCCGAACGACGUUCUACAGGCGUUAUCGAUGGUUUUCUCUGACCACGCGUAG